UUAACUUCCCUGCGGAGAUAUGCAACGCUCAUACGCUAUUGGUGGGGAGGAAAGAAACCUGUGCUGCUAUUGGUUGCAUAAGUGGAGACUUUGAUCCACAUGUUUGGUACAAAUCGUUAGGAACGGUUGGGACUGAUACCUUGAUCGGAACAUAUCAAAAAACAAGAGACAAUGUCUGGACGCGGUAAGGGAGGCAAGGCCCGUGCGAAGGCAAAGAGCCGUUCAUCCCGUGCAGGGCUUCAGUUCCCUGUCGGCCGUGUGCACCGUUUCCUGCGCAAGGGCAACUAUGCCGAGCGUGUCGGUGCCGGUGCCCCAGUCUACCUGGCCGCCGUGCUGGAGUACCUGACCGCUGAGAUCCUCGAGUUGGCCGGCAACGCUGCCCGUGACAACAAAAAGACCAGGAUCAUCCCCCGUCACCUUCAGCUGGCCGUCCGCAAUGACGAGGAGCUGAACAAGCUUCUGUCUGGUGUGACCAUCGCCCAGGGAGGUGUGCUGCCCAACAUUCACGCCGUGCUCCUGCCCAAGAAGACUGCAUCAAAGUCUAGUUAAAUUGACGAAAGACUC